AUGUCUGGCAUAGCAGGUAAAGUUCGUUUACCUAACCCUAUACAACUCUUCGUCAUGAUCAAGUCUUGCAUCAUCUUUGGUUUGAUGUAUUUGAUUGAUAGUACUGUAUCGUCAACCUCUCAACAGUUUGGCACGAAUCUUCUGAAAGAUGCUAUAGAGGCUGGCUCUACAUCUCUAGCCAAUGCAAAUGCUUCAGAUUUGACUAAUGAACCAUCAGACGGUACCACACCCUCUGAUAGCUCAUCAACGGAAGAGUAUAUCUUGACAUCAUCCGACAACCCAAAUGAUUCCGAUGAUCCACAACCUACUGGAUCUAAUGAAUUCAGAGAAAUCAACCCACUGACAACAAAACACAAGACAAUCUUCUUCAUUAGUGCAGCUACAACGUUCUUCAUUUUGAUCUGCUCAGCUUGUAUCAGCAACUUGUGUGAUUACUCGAAGCUGUCAAAACAGAAACUAGCCCGAUCACAUGCUUAA